UUUGUUUUGUAUUUAUUCACGCAUUUCUGUAUUGUGUUCCGUGGUGAAUGCACGCGAAUCAAUAAAUCGAAAUUAAUUCGUUUAUUUAGGAGGGAAUAAAUAGUAUUUUGUAUAUUUUAGACAUUGUGAAAUAUGUGGACAAGUUUGUGUUGAAAAGAAAGUGAUUUUAGGGAUAUUAUUCGAGAGUUUAUUAACUGAAGUUUGAAAAUAAUUUUUUGGCUCCAGUAUAUCCAGAAUGAGGUAUUGAAAUGGCAACGACAACAAUGGUUGUGUCACCGUUAGCAGCGCAGCCGUCCACGAAGAACAAACGGCGCCUUUUCGCCGAGGCUCGCCAAACGAGUCUUCAAAAGCUCAGCAUUAUAUUCGAUCAUGGUCACAAAAACGGCAAUGGUGGGGAGACGACGUGGUGUUUUAGUCAGGUGAAAGGCACCCUCGAGGAUGACGUGACGGAGGCCGACCUGAUAUCCUGUGUAGAGUUCAACCACGACGGCGAACUGCUGGCCACCGGCGAUAAGGGCGGCAGAGUUGUUAUAUUUCAGAGAGAUCCAGCAUCAAAGCAGUGUGUACCCAAAAAAGGAGAAUACAACGUUUAUUCGACGUUUCAAUCCCACGAACCAGAGUUCGAUUACCUGAAGUCCCUUGAGAUCGAAGAGAAAAUCAACAAGAUCAGGUGGCUGAAGAGGAAGAAUCAGGCCCAUUUCUUACUGUCCACCAACGAUAAGACUAUUAAAUUAUGGAAGGUUUCGGAAAGAGACAAGCGCGUUACCGGAUACAACACGCGCGAGGAGGGAGGGCGGCCGCGCGACCCCACGCGGAUCACCUCCCUGCGCGUGCCCACCGUCAGGCCGGCCGAACUCAUGGUAGAAGCUUCACCCAGACGGAUAUUCGCGAACGCUCAUACGUAUCACAUAAACUCGAUCUCUUUAAAUUCUGAUCAAGAGACGUACCUGUCGGCGGACGAUCUGCGCAUUAACCUGUGGCACCUCGAGAUCACAGAUCAGAGCUUUAACAUUGUCGACAUCAAACCCGCCAAUAUGGAGGAACUCACCGAGGUAAUAACGGCUGCCGAGUUCCACCCGACUGAAUGCAAUCUCUUUGUAUAUUCUAGUAGUAAGGGCACCAUCCGGCUGUGCGACAUGCGCGCGGCGGCGCUGUGCGACCGGCACGCCAAGCUCUUCGAGGAGCCGGAGGACCCGCACGCACGCUCCUUCUUCUCGGAGAUCAUCUCCUCUAUUAGUGACGUCAAACUCAGCAAUUCCGGACGGUACAUGAUGUCACGAGACUAUUUAGGUUUAAAAGUAUGGGAUCUCCGUAUGGAAACGAAACCUGUAGAAACCUAUCCCGUACAUGAGUAUCUACGUUCAAAGCUAUGUUCGUUAUAUGAGAACGAUUGUAUCUUUGAUAAGUUCGAGUGCUGUUGGAGUGGGGACGACCAGAGGCUGAUGACCGGCUCCUACAAUGGAUUCUUUAGGAUAUUCGAGCGCGGGUGCGGCGCGGGCCGGCGCGGCGAGCUGACGCUGGAGGCGUGCCGCGACGCCGCGCAGAGGCCGCGCCAGCCGCUGCGGGCGAGGCGCGUCGCCGCCUCCGCCAAGAGGAAGAAGGACGAAAUAAGUGUAGACUGUCUAGACUUCACUAAGAAAAUACUUCACACUGCGUGGCAUCCACACGAGAGCAUCAUCGCGGUGGCGGCCACCAACAACUUGUUCAUAUUCCAAGACAAGUUCUAGCAGCCCUUUAAACGCUUAGCUCAAGCCCUGCGGAUGCCCUGUAAGUCUACACUGGCCUUGAAUAGCAUUGCACAUGUGACAAUAUCCACCUUUGGGCCUAUUCUAGUCCACUCCGGGAUAAUUAUUAGUGAAAACGCCUGAUGCCAACGUAUGUUUAAAUUUUAGAAAAGCAUUGUCACAAUAGUAUACCAGGAAUCCAUGCUAUUCGAAAACGGAUUUAACAAUGUAUACAAAUAUCGUUUCAAGCUAAGCGCUUAAUUUAGCUUCUGGUAUGUGAUAAGUAUUUUAACGAGGAAUAGUGUAAACUGCGAAUCGGUUUUUAAAUCUCGAAAAUGAUUAUAGCUUUGUCAUUUUCAACAACGCUGUUUCCACUGUGACGUCCAUUCCGCCCGCUGUAUUACUUAUAUACAUUACUGUGAACACUUGUAUUGUAUAAACGCAAUGCCUUAGUUACAGAGGCCAGUGUCAUUAAUGUCGAGUUAUAAAAUAAUUAUGGUGGUUGUCGAUGAAACUUUAUAAUUAAUUGCAAAUGUCUAUUUAUGAGAACCUUUCAAAAUUUAAGCCUUUUUUAAAAAUACGUUUACAUUUGACAUUUGAAGAAUAAACCAUGAACUUUGAAUUAUCGAUAAUCACAAUGAAAGUGAAUUUGUUUAAUUUUGUUCAAACGUAUUGAAUCAUUCAAAGUCCAAUGUGAUUAUUUUUCUUUUAAACCUAAAUCCGAUAAUGCUAUCUAACUAAUUGAAUUUGCUAGAAUUAAUUAUAUAACUUGUAACGGAAAGCUAGUCCUAGUCUAUUGUUUUCAUAAAAUGCAAUUGUGAUUUGAAUGUUUACCUCACAACGUUUUUAUCGCCAGCCACUAUAAUUGUCGCAGUGUAGAUAUAUUGUGUGUGCUUAUUGAUAUUUACAAAACCUACAUGAUUGUAUUUAUUCUUUUUUCGUAAUUGCAAAACAUUAACAAUUGAAGAUAAGAAUAUUGAUAUUCUUUUUUUAAGUUAGUUAAAUAGAAAAUUGUGAACAAACUUAAUACCAGAUUGAAAGUCUAAUGAUCAGGAUGACUUUUCAGUUUAAAAAAAUAAUAUAGCCUUGUAAUGGUUACCUAUUCCCUGCCAAUUAGUAUUAAACGUGUAAUAUUUAAUAUGGUACAAAUAAGCAAUAAUGUGCUUUAAAUAUAUAUUAAUGCAAUAUCUAACUAUAUAAUCAUCAGAUGUAUCGCAGUAUCGCGUGCACACAAUAUAUCGAUACAAUGUAGGAAGUAAGUCAAUAAAAAAAAAACUUCUGAUAUAAUUUAUACGCUUUUCAUACUUCAUACAUAAGGUUCUAAGCGAAUAAUUAAGUAUUUAUUAUGAGAAACAUACAAUAUAAGGUGACACGUUGACCUUAUUUAUAUGAGAUUAGUUAGGAAUAUAUCAAAUGGUGUCGAUAUUACAACUAAAAAUACAGGCAGACAUUUGUAAUGUGUGAAACACUAAAAACAUUUCUAGUGUGCAAAGAAUAAUGUACCUUAAUAGUUUGGAAUACAAAUUGUUUUAAUAUGAUGUGGAAUAAGUCGAUAACAUUAUGUUUGUUGAGAUGCAGGUAUCUUACUCUUUAUACAUCACCUAAAUCUUGAAAUUCACUUGAAUUUUACUGGUGGUAGGACCUCUUGUGAGUCCGCGCGGGUAGGUACCACCGCACUGCCUAUUUCUGCCGUGAAGCAGUAAUGCGUUUCGGUUUGAAGGGUAGGGCAGCCGUUGUAACUAUACUGAGAUCUUUGAACUUAUAUCUCAAGGUGGGUGCAUUUACGUUGUACAUGUCUAUGGGCUUCAGUAACCACUUCACACCAGGUGGGCUGUGAGCUCGGCCACCUAUCUAAGCAAUAAUAAUAAAAAAAUGUAUUGUUUCUUCACAAAUUACAAAUGUCUCAAAAUGAUUGAGUAUGUAUGUAUGUAUUAGCAACACUUGUUUUUAACGAACCGUACAGGAAGAUCACACAAAAUUGUCCAUUGUAAUAAAGCGAGAGUAUUAAAUACAAGUUAGAUAUAAAAAUGUAUAGUUUAUAAUAAAAAAAUGUGUAGAAAAUGAAAUGAAUUCCAGCGUAAUCAUGUUGAUUGUUAAUGUCGCGUAGUCUCAAUGAAAUAUGUAAUAUAAAAAAACUGUAAUCCUAUCACGGUCUAGUAAAUGAAGCGAAAAUUGUUUUUGUAACUUUAACACAUUCAAAUGUUGACCUCGGAGUCGUGAUGAUUCAGAAUUGUUUUAAUACCGAUUCAUGUAGCUUCGUUGUCUGUCUUUCCGACUUCGGCUCAACGUACUUAUAAUUUUCAGAUUGAUUAUGUUCAAGGAAAUAUAAUGGUCUCAUAUCUAUAUACUAUAUUAGAACGUAUCGAGUGUUGAAAGGCUAUUUGUUUUAAGCGACAUUACUUGCAACAUUACAGGAGACCCAUUUAUAGUAUAAAAUUUGGAUUUUUUUAAUAACAAAUCCUCUAUCUGUCUAUCUAUAUAUAUAAAAAUGAAUUGCUGUUCGUUAGUCUCGCUAAAACUCGAGAACGGCUGGGCCGAUUUGGCUUAAUUUUGGUCUUGAAUUAUUUGUGGAAAUCCAGAGAAGGUUUAAAAGGUAGAUAAAUAUGAAAAAUGCUCGGAAUUGAUUAAAAAUAACAACUUUGUUUUUCCUAUGAUGUGUCCCCCGUCAGACGUAUUUCUUUUGUUUGUUUUCAGUUUAUUUUAUACAAACGUUUAGGUCUUUUAUUUAUCGACUGAGGCACUACGAAGUCUGCCGGGUCAGCUAGUUUAAUGAUAAAGAUAAAUGUCGCUUAAUUAAAUAGCCUUUCAUCUCUCUGUAUUAUAAUUAGAAAUGUUCAAUUUGUAUGUAAAAACCGUGGGUCUACAAAUCCGAUGUUGUGUCGCGUUAAACAAGUCUCGUGUUUAUAGAAAAUACGUUGUUAUUGUCUUGCAGACGAGCGAAAUACUUUUAUACCAGAAGUACGUAAUCAAAUAACCUCGAUGUGAUUAUAUUCAAAACAAUAGUUUAGCGAUUCGUCGUGCCUUGGGGGUGUAACGUAAUAAAGUUUAUUAGUUUUACUGUUAUUUCUGUUCCUCUAGUGGAGGGGGCUUGGGGGGGUGUGGUAUACGACCCCAACCACCGUCCAGUCUUUGAUCAGCAGUAGGGAAACUGUUAUUAAAAAAUGAGACCGGUAGUGGGUUGGACCCAUCCCAAUACUGUUUGUGUACAAUAAAUAAAUAAACCCAAUUUAAUGGGUUUUUUUAAAACACAUUUAAUCGCUGUCCAGCAAUUUAUAUGAACGUUUUUGUAUUUAAUUCCUCAACGUCGACAAAAUAUUUGAUUUGAUGCUGUUUUCUCACUAGAGGCACAGAAUUGCAGAGAAAUUCGUGAUAAAUAUUUUUUUAAACUGAGUAUUUGUGAUUGUUUAUUUUUUUUUUAAUCUUGUUUAUUGAUUUCAAUGAAAUUUUGGGAGUUUUAGUUCGUCUUGAUGGGUUUGAUCAUGGUAAUAUCGUUUUGACUUGUAAUAUAUUUACAGCUGUUUCUUUUAUUCUUAAUAAAUUGAACGUUUACUGUUGCUAAUUGUUGCCAAAUUAAUUCUGCUCGUGAUCUUCGCUCGUUUAUUUCCUAAAUAUGCCUUAUUCAGUGCUAAACCUGAUCACAAUUGUUUAAGUUUGUUUUAUAACGAACCUGUUAAUGAUUCAGCUUGAGCUAAAUUAUGGCUUAAUCUUUGUGGAGCGCCAUCUGUAGUAAAUUGAGGGUAAUUAAAUUUGAAAAAUUCAUGUAAACGCCAACAAGGGAACUCAAUUGCAUUAAGUGUGAACGCCUAGAUGACGAAAACCAUUAUACCUCCAUGGUUUACAAUAUUACGACCACCUAAUUCACGUGUUUGCUGUUAAUUAUUAUGGUUUCAUUAAAAAUAAUAUAAAAAUUAAAAUGGUAUAAGCGUUUUUAAUUUCAUUAUACUGAACAGUGACUUCAAUAUUCACAUCAUCCAGGCAAAGUUUAUGUCGAAGCUUUUUGCGAGAACGACACAGCGUCCUGUCUUCAUCCCCGCAAAAUACUUCUAUAUUAAUUAAUAUACAUAAUUCUUCAAGAAAUGGUUUCCAAGGAUUGUUCUUGAGUUCUAACCAUAGCCUAUAUGGACUUCAGAAUGAAUAAUAAGAAGAGAGACUAACUUUAUGGAACUGUUUCAAAUGGGGUGGCAUGCUCACGGUGGUGCACUUUAGGCAUGAAAUUACAAAAUAUGUUUUUUCCUAGAACAUUGACUUAAUAUACUAAAUAUAUAUUAAUAUAUGUAUUUCAUUACAACAGCGAGUUCACGAGUUGUAUUAAUUGGCAUUUUGAUCAUUACAUAGACUAGAUCUUUACGUCGGCAACGAACCCUUUUGCCACUUUGUACUUAAUAGGGAAAUGAAAAAAAGUUUAAAAAAAAUGUAAUUGUGUUCCAUUUAGUCUUCCGCUUUCUGAAUAAUAGUUUCAAGCCAUUUUUUUCUUGCCACAUGUUCAAACCAAUCAAGUUCGCAACGGGAUAGAUUGGGCAUAAACAACGUACUGUAUGUGAAUAAUUAAUGUGAUUUUAGUUCUUUUUUUUUUAAUUUGAUUAUCUGUACCUAUCUAUUUAAGGAAGCUUUGUAAUGAAACAGUAAUGUUAUAAAUAAAUGUAAAUAUAGUAUAGUAACGGAGGCCUGAACAAAUUGAGUAUAUAAAUAAAUAAAUAAUAAAUAUUUUGUCACAAUGUAAGUAGUUUAGGGUCAACCGAAUGUUUUGCUCCAAAAAUCCGCAGUGAUCUACUUGCGGACGAUCCUUAAAUGAUAUAGAUAAAAAAAAGUGUGUGUGUCCGCUCCGACGCACGACUGGAGUUUACUGGAUAUAAAAAAUUAAACGAAACAAUACGAGAAAUAGUUCUAUAUUACGACAACACGAUACACUACAGAUUAUUAACAAAUUAACGAGACACAAAACAAACGACUAACAAAUAUAUGAAAAUACAAUAAUGAGAGAAACGCGCGAUCAGUACGAGGCUUUGUGGCGGACUGCCGGCGCAGCAGCCCGGCGUCACCUGCGAUAACGCAUUUCGUGUGACAUGCGCAAUCAGGCGCAUAACGCAUUUCGUGUGACAUGCUAGUACGAUUUUGGUCCCCAUAAUUUUCAUACCCCGGGCCUAUAUAUGUAAAUCGAUUCUAAAGGAGUAAACUCCAAAAAAAAAAAAUUAAUUAUUUUCCGCCAACGAUUAACGCGGUUUGUAAUGUCAAAUGUGCUUUUUUAUUGUUUUAUUUUCGCGUUUCAUGCCUUAGAAAUACACUAUAAAACUUAAAAAAAAUAGGACCUAUAAAAACUGUAAGUUUUCUUUACCACGGUAGAAGAUUGUAAAGAUUAUUGUUUUUGUUUAUUACAAAACUUUUCCCACCUAAUUAAUACAAAUAUGAUUAUGUUGGUGUAUUUCUAACAAGGGAUCGUUGUCGUUUUGUGGACUUUAAAUAAAACCAGCUGUUUAUCAUUGAAGUUAUGUCAUUUUCGAUAUUACAAAGUAUCUUUGCAAAAUUCUUAUGGUAGGUCAUGGUAACGGACGCGUGUGCUUUUAAAAAAAAACCUACAACAUGUAAUCGGGCACUUCCAAGUUUUUUUUUUUUUUUUUCUGUCUUGGUUAUUAUUAGUCUUAAUGUUUCAUUUUGUUAACGAUCGAUUCUGUAUAAUAGGUUACGUGUUAAGUUUUUCUUUUUGUUCUCAUGUAAAGGGGCCGGCUCAAUUCCUUUGUAAAUUUUUAAUGAAAUUAUUACUGAUUAGUUACCGACUAUAUGACAUAUAUACAUAGUUAUUCUUAUCGCAGCUAAUGUCUUGUGUGUGACCGUUGUUUUAAAUUCACGAUCAUUCGUUUUUUGGACAUUACGGUCUUAACAUGCUUGAAAGAGUCAAUUUAGCGUAAAUAUUAAAUUCGAGCUUUUGCGCUACGUUCAGCGUUUACGAACGAACUAAGAAUAGUAAUAAAAAUGCUUGUGAAGCAACAAAAGUGAAUACGGAAACGGAAUUGAGUGACCCCUCGAUGGAUAUCAUUGUAAAAAAAUUAAUAAUAAUAUCGUGAGCUCUGUAUAAUGUGCGAGCGUGAACGGAAUGUGUGAGAGAAAAUUAGAGUGAGAAUUUUAAUGUUAAGUCUAGUUUAUAGUUAGGCAAAGGAAUAACUGUGAGAGAACGCAGACAGAGAAAUCAAGUGUUUUUUUUUUUCUUUCCUGCAUCGGGGGAUCAACGGAGCGUUGCUUGUUAAAUGUGAUAGUCGCGGUAAGGAGUUGUUGUGGGGUCGGUGACGACUUGUAUGUGCUAAGUGUGAAGUACCUCGGGCGAUUGUUGACAACGAAAACACGUGCUGUAUGUAGGCUGUAUAACGACACGCUGUUUCGUGCUGCACGGUAUAGAGAUGAAUCGUGUUUUUAAUGCGUGUACCGUCAGCAUAAAAAUUAAUAUAAGUCUAUUGGUUUAUAAAGUAUUAUAAAUUGAGUAGUAGUAUUAUAAAAAAUAUAAAUAUGGGAGUAUAAAGGUUUGUCAAUUUUGUUAAAUUGAAAUCUAAUAAUUGCUACUUAUUUUGUUGACGGUCGCAUAUGGACAUAAAAAGCUGUAUAUGUUGCUUUUUCGUGUUCUCCUUGCUAAGAUAUGGGAGAUGAUAGCGUAGAAAUAUUCUUCAGAUGCUUGUAAGAAUUUGACUAUAAAAUUUUGGUCACAUUAUUUUUGUAUCGUUCAGUUUGUUACGUACGUGCCAUGCUUCGUGCAGAAUGGAACAGCUGUCGGGCGAGCCCAAAAAGAGUUGUUGUUGAAUCCAAAAUAUUUCCUAUAAUAAAAAUUUUUAUAUCUGAA